GAGGCCCGCGCUUCCACCGAGUGGACCCGCGAGGAGCGCUUGUUCGCGCGCCGCUUCUCGCUCGCUCUGCGCGGCUUGCCCCGCGACGUGCUCGGGCUGGGCAUGCUCAACGAGAAGCUGUCCUGGACAUGUCCACGACACUUCCCUGACAUGUCCCAUAGGUGCUCGGGCUGGGCAUGCUCAACGAGAAGCUGCGGCGCGGCAAGCGGUUUCGGGCGCGCGCGCUCUCCUUCGACAACCACCACAUCUACCUACGCUUCCGCGACCGCGAGGAGGAGGCGGCGGCCGCGCGCGCGCCCAAGCCGCCGACGUGGCGGAGAUCCAACACCAUGAGCGAGCUGCCGGCGGACCGGCGGACGGCCCGCCAGGCCGCCGAGCGGCACUACCCGACGCGCCGCUCGCCGCUGAGCCGCCUCUCGCCUCUCGGCCGCCGCUCGCCCGACAAGCGGCGCACCGACGACACGGCGUCGCUCAUCUGAUGGGCCGAAGCCCCUUCGGGGCACAGCGAGCAGUGGCGUGAGCCCCAGACGCGGGAGCAGCUGCUACUCAGAGACGGUUAACCGUUCGAGAUCCUGAGUAGUCGAGAUCCGAGCCCCGGCUCGUUCGGGCGUGUCUCCCCCCGGGGCCCAGUGUACCGCCUCGGGCCUGGCGUGUGUUGCGUCCAUAUUGCGCGCCGCGUGUGUGAUGUCUUUUUACUUUUCCCGCGCUGUCAAUCUU